AUUAAUAUGAGAUUGUUGGUUCAUAAUUUACUUAUGUGUAACAAAUGUGAUAAGAACAAUUAUCCACUUAAAAUAGAAGUCAAUAAAAGCGUUAUAAUGGAAUUAGAAUUCAAAAAAGACGCAAUUUUAAAAUUAAUUCCAAAACUUGAUUUUGAAGUAUUAUCUAAUACAGUCAGAGAAGUAAAAGACUGAUUUAUCAUGUAGCUUGGAUUCAAAUAAUUCCCUAAGUAAAUACCUCCAAAUGUGGAUUAAGACUUAGUCUUUUUAAAAGACUUGCAUCGAGUUUUAUUUGAGGUAAUAAUUUAAAGAAAGAAUUUUUAUAGACCCACAUUAUGGAUGGCCAAUUGACUUGCCCUAAUCCAUCAUGUAAAAGAAAUUAUCCAAUCACAAAUGGAAUCCCUAAUAUGAUCCUUACAGAAGAUGAACAAUGA